AGGCUCAAGUGGAAAUUCGUUACUUUGCAAGGCGAGGACGCCUGGGAGUGCCAUGCCCGAAGACACCAAGGGAAAGAAGGAAGCUGAGAGCAAAGAUGUGGAGAUGAAAGAUGCAGACGAGAAAAAAGAUAAGGAGGGCAAGGAUGCCAAGAAGGAAAAGGAGGAGCCACCACCAAAGACCCCAAGGAUGAUUCUGCUGGAAACCAUCGCCCAGAACCUGAAGACCAUCGCUGCUGGCGUAACAGCAGGAGAUCCCAGAGUCAUGGGCCGCGUGCUCCGAUCCUUUGCCCAACUCCGCCGCACCAUGGAGCCAGAGGUUUUGAAGGCAUUGCUGGAGGAGUUCGUGGACCCAGCGCGGCCUAACAAAGCACAGUACAUAGCGGCAGUGCCUCCAGCUGAUGUGGAGAUGACAGAUGCCGAUAAGGCCAAACCCAAAGAGGUUGAGAUCAAGUUUCCACAGCUCAGCAAGCCGUACCCACCUGAGCUUGAGGCAUAUGCAGUACUGAGUUUGGUGGUGAAGCUUUCCGACAAGAAUGAGAAAGAAAAGUCUCUUGAGACAGCAAGUGCUUUGGUGCUUUUCUUGAAGACCCUGAACCGACGUACGUUGGAUUUCUUCAAUGCCAGGGCGUACUUCUAUCUAUCACUCGCUUACGAGCGAUGUGGCCGUCUCUCAGAGAUCCGACCAGAGCUUCUUGCAGCCUAUCGCAGUGCAUGCCUUCGGCAUGACCAGAUGGGCCAGGCCACCCUCCUGAAUCUCCUUCUGAGAAACUACUUGGCCUACAAUCUCUACGACCAAGCUUUGAAACUUGUUUCCAAGACAAGCUUCCCCGAGAGCAGGCCAAACAUGCAGUAUGCCCGCUACCUUUUCUACAUUGGGCAAAUCAAGGCCGUCCAGCUCGAGUAUUCGGACUCACACUCAAAGCUGAUGCAAGCCAUUCGCAAGGCGCCGCAGACUGCCAGUGUGGCACUUGGCUUCAAGCUGGCAGCCAGCAAACUCGCCAUUGUGGUGGAGCUUCUGAUGGGAGGCAUUCCGGAACGCUCCUUUUUCAUGCAGAAGGAGCUUAAGGAACAACUUCGUCCUUACUAUGCGAUCACCCAGGCUGUUCGAUCUGGUGAUUUGCAUGCCUUCAAGGAAUGCACCAAGACCUAUGAAGCCCUGUUCAAGAAGGACAAGACUCUGACUUUGAUCAACCGACUCCGGUACAACGUGAUCAAGACAGGUCUUCGAAGCAUCAGCCUGGCCUACAGCAAGAUCUCCUUGCAGGAUAUUUGCACCAAGCUAGGCUUGGAAUCUCCACAAGAUGCCGCAGGAGUGGUUGCAAAGGCUGUUGUGGAUGGUGUCAUCGAUGCAACCAUCGACUAUGACCAGCAGUUUGUCAAGUCCAAUCAGAAGCUGGACUUGUACCACUCCUGCGAGCCGCAGAAGGCGUUGCACAAGCGCAUUGCUUUCUGCUUGCAGAUGCACAAUGAUGCUGUAAAGGCAAUGGCAUAUCCAGAUGAGAAUGACAACAAAGACGCUGAGGAUCCUGAAGAAAAGAGGGAAAGAGAAAAGCGUGAAUUGGCCAACAUUGAGGAUGAGGAAGGUGGCGAUGAUGAUAUGAUCAUUUGAGAUGGCCUUUGCCGACCGCAUAGGAUGGAAGGUUUGCGUCUUUGCGUUGUCCGGGAUUUGUUCGCAGACAGAGCCGAACAGAGUAGAUGUUUUGUUGCCUGGGUAGCUGGAUGCUCGAGGCACAUGGCAAAAAA